ACCGACCUCAAAAUUGAAAUAGGUACAAUUUGUACUUACCUAUUUGUAUUUAUGUCAAGUUGACUGACGCUUAUUGUCGUAACAAAUUGUCAAGUGUGUUUGUGAAUUUAUUUACUUUUUUGUUAAACAUGUUAAAUACAAAGUAUAAAUGAAAUGUAGCUAGCUAGUUAUAUCUAGCUAGCGAACCAUACCAAAAUGCAUCUUAGGAAAAAGAAAACUUGAAGUAAUGUGCGGAGCUAGUAAUUUAAAUGGGGACUCCAGGCGAAAAGUGCGAUCUGACUUCGCCUUCGGACCUGGCUAUGCUACAAGAGAAAGGAUUCAUAAUGGGCAAGAUUAUCGGAGAAGGGUCUUAUGCUAAAGUACGUGCUUCAGGUUUACAAAGCAAUUCAUGUGAUAGACGAGACCCACAACACGAUGCUGGCGUGUAAAGUGAUCGACACGUCGGGGGCGCCCCGCGAGUACCUCACCAAGUUCCUGCCGCGCGAGCUGGACAUCCUCAUCCGCCUCAACCACCCGCACAUCGUGCACGUCACCGACAUCUUCCAGCGCCGCGCCAGAUACUACGUGUUCCAGCGAUACGCCGAGAACGGGGACCUACUCAACUACGUGACGAGCAACGGCGCCGUGCCCGAGAACCAGAGCAGGCUUUGGAUGCGACAGAUUAGCUCCGGUCUCCACUACAUACACACUUUGAACAUCGCGCACAGAGAUCUCAAGUGCGAAAACAUAUUGAUCACAUCAAAUUACAAUGUGAAGAUAACAGACUUUGGAUUCGCGCGCGGAGUUCGCUGCAGGGAUCGGGAUGUCUUGUCGGAGACGUUCUGCGGAUCGCUCUCGUACGCCGCGCCGGAAGUGCUGAAAGGCGUCCCGUAUCUACCCAAGCUGGCUGAUAUGUGGUCCAUGGGGAUCAUUCUUUACACUAUGCUAAACCAAGCACUUCCAUUUAAUGAGACUUCUGCGAGAAAGUUGUAUGAGCUGCAGGUGACGAAAAAGUGGCGGUUCCGUUCGAAUGUGGUGAACCAACUAUCGGAGGAGUGCAAGCGGCAAGUCACGGUGCUGAUGGAGCCCGAGGCGAAGGCGCGGCCGACCGCCGGCGGCGUCUUCAACGGAGCCUGGAUCGGCAUGGAUGCUCGCCUUGUCAAGUUGACUUUUUUGGAAGAGUCGUUACUGAAACAAGCUGUAUCACUUGUCGAAAAACAGAUGAGGGAUUCCGAAGCGGAGACCGAUAUGGAGCGCAUCGCUGAAAUCAAAAGCAAGAGUCGGACAAAAGAGGGAUUCAGAGUAUGGAAAACGAGCGACGCAGCAACUAUCAUAAGAUCGAAACAUAUGUUUGAUGACAAUGAAAAGCAUUAAGAAUAAAAAACGAAAUCGUCAUUCAUUUAUGUUUAUUAAAUCAUACAUUUUAUA